AUGUUGCCAGACACGUACACGUUCAACACAAUGCUAGAAGCUUGCGCUGAACAUAAAAAGUGGGAUGAUUUUGGCUAUGCGUAUAGGGAGAUGUUGCAUCACGGAUACCAUUUCAAUGCCAAACGCCAUCUCAAAAUGGUACUUGAAGCUAGCAGAGCAGGGCAUGAAGAGGUGAUGGAAGCGACGUGGGAACAUCUGAGACGGAGUAAUAGGAUUCCGCCUUCGCCUCUAAUCAAAGAAAGAUUCUGCAGGAAGUUGGAGAAAGGGGAUCAUGUAACGGCCAUAUCAUCUCUUGCUGUUCUUAAUGGCAAGAUAGAGGAGACUGAGCUACGGAAAAAACAAAAAAAACAAUUGAUGGGGAACAAGUUGUUGCUGCUGCCUCUUCCUCCUCUUGUGCAUGCUUAUUCAGGAGAAUCUACAGUCAGAUAUCUUCCAGGUUACCAAGGCCCUCUUCCUUUCGAGCUUGAAACCGGGUACAUUGGUGUUGGUGAGGCAGAGGAAAGCCAGUUUUUCUACUACUUCAUCAAAUCUGAGAGAACCCCAGCAGAAGACCCUCUUCUUAUCUGGUUAACCGGAGGACCUGGCUGCUCUUCUAUCUCUGCCUUUCUUCUUGAGAAUGGACCUCUGGCUUUCAAUACUGAGUCUGACAGUGGAAACAUCCCAUCAUUGGUCUCUACUACAUAUUCAUGGUCUAAGGUGGCUAAUAUAAUCUAUUUGGAUCAGCCUGUUGGCACUGGCUUCUCUUACUCAAGAAACCCACUUGCUAAUAUACCAAGUGACACAAGAUCAGCUAAGCUGGUCCCUGAGUUUGUUCAUAAAUGGCUAGCCAAGCAUCCUGAGUAUUUCUACAAUCCUUUCUAUGUCACCGGAAAUUCUUAUGCCGGUAAAGUGGUUCCGGCUAUUGUUCAAGAAAUCUCAAUUGGAAAUGGUUUAUGCUGUAAACCUCAAAUAAAUCUUCAGGGAUGCUUUGAUGAUGGUGAAUCCGUUUCUGACAGAGAGUGGGUUCCCUGGCUCCAGCCCACAACUUGAUGACUUAUUGAUUCC